AUGUUUAAACUCGAGGGCAGCAGUCUUUCCAUUUUCGUCGUCACGCUUGUAUUCCUUAUUAUCUCUUUCGUCUCAGUCGCGCUACGAUGUUUCGUCCGGUUGAGGUUGGUGAGGGCUUUUGGGUGGGAUGACGGUCUGAUGGUAUUUGCGAUGGCGCUAAAUAUCCUCUUUGCGUUGUGCGGACUGAUAGGUGCAUGUCAUGGCCUGGGUCGAAAAAUGGAGGACUUCCAACAAAAGGCCGAUUAUGCGACGGAAAUAGAGACUGCGCUGUUUUGGUGGUGGCUUGGACAAACAAGCUAUGUCAUCACAUGUGUGGUCGCCAAAGUCUCCAUUGCGUUAGCGCUCCUCCGCCUUACGGUCGCCAAAAUCCAUAAGAUGAUUCUAUGGGGCGUCAUCGGAGUAUCAAUUAUCGUUGGCCUGGUGUUUUGGUUCAUGCUUACCCUGCAAUGCCACCCGGUAGACUACUUUUGGCACCGGCUCACCUCGAAAGGAACAUGCUUGGACACCGACUAUAUCCUCGACAUUGCCUACCUAUACAGUGUAACGGCUACCAUCUGUGACUUUAUAUUGGGACUCUUGCCUAUCGUGCUGGUAUGGAAGUUACAUAUGAACUUUAAGACGAAGGCAGCGCUAGCCGGUAUUCUGAGCAUGGGAUGCAUUGCCAGCGCUGCCGUUAUAGUCCGCAUUCCGUUCCUUCAUUAUUACAAAGAUCCUGACUUCCUCUACGCCACAACCCAGAUUUCCAUUUGGUCAAACGUUGAGGCUGGGCUUGGUAUCACAGCAGGAAGCCUGGUGACACUCCGGCCGCUUUUCCGCUGGUUCCGCGGAACAACAUACGAUAACUCGAAGAGUAGGAGGACCGAGAGUAUGCCCUUAUCCAGCAUGAACGGACGAUAUAACUCUCGCCAUGAUCGAUCGGCAAACAGAUAUUGGCGACCUGAUCUAACAGCACAAGACGGCCAUGGAGUUGUCACCACUGUGCAAACCUCGCGCGGAAGCCCAAACAGCAGUCAGGAGGACCUGAAUCCCAAACAGAACUCGCUCGGAGGGGUCAAUGUGCAAAAGACAUUCCUGGUGACCACCAACGACGCUUGA